GGUAAAGUAACUUAUACAAAGUUGUGCGUUAAUGUUUGUAGUAAAUGCCCAAAAUAAGAUUGUGUACAAUAAGUCAUUAAUUUAUAAAAAGUGUACUUGAUAAGUCAGUGGAAACAGAAACAUGGAGAGGAGUUUAGAAAGAACGCUCGACGACGUAAACAAUGUAGAGGGUAUUAUUGGUUGCGUCUUGGCUGAUCAUGCAGGAUUAUGUUUAGGAGCUAAAGGAAAUGCAUCUACAGAGAGUGCAGGAAUAAUUGCAGCUAUUGCGGACCAAGUUGCAAAAUUGGAACCUAAAUCUCCAGCUCCUAUUGUAGCUCUUCAGAAUGAUAGCAGGAAGUGCCUUAUACAACGCCAAGGUCCUGUUGUAGGUGCAAUUUAUAAGGAUGUCUCUGCAUAAAUAACUUUUGUUAC